AUGGUCUCCAAGGUCGCAGUCGCAGGUGCAACCGGCAACAUCGGUCUGCCCAUCGUGCAGCAGCUCGUCGCGGCCAAGUUCGACGUCGUCGUCCUCUCGCGCUCCGAGAACCCGUCCGGUCUGCCCGCAGGCGUCACCAUUCGCAAGGUCGACUACGAGUCGAUCGAGUCGCUCACCGCUGCGCUCCAGGGAGUCGAUGCCGUCGUGUCCGCCGUCGGCUCCGCCGCUCUCGCCGGGCAGAUCAAGAUCAUCGACGCCGCCGUCGCCGCGGGCGUCAAGCGCUUCCUUCCCUCCGAAUUCGGUAACGACACCGAGCACCCCGCCGUACGCGCGCUGCCGGUGUUCGGGCCCAAGAUCGCGGUGCAGGAGCACCUGAAGAAGGUCGCCGCCGAGUCGAGCUUGACAUACACAUUCGUCGUCACCGCGGGUUUCCUCGAUUGGGGUUUGCAAGCGGGCUUCCUGCUCGGCCCGCUGAAGGAGCGCAAGGCGGAGAUCUACGACGACGGUAGCCAGGAGUUCAGCGCGACGACGAUCGCGACGAUCGGUCGCGGAAUCGCCAGCGUGCUGCAGCACCUGGACGAGACAAAGAACCGGACGGUUUACUUCCACGAGGCGGUCGUGAGCCAGGCGAAGAUCCUGAGCAUCGCAAAGGAGCUUACACCUGGGGAGACGUGGGCGGUCACCGAGAGCAAGUCGGCGGCCCUGAAGGCGAGGGCGGAUGAGAAGCUGGCGAAGGGCAUCUUCGACGCUGAGGUGGCGGUUUCGCUCAUCAAGUACUCCAUCUUCGGCCCUGGCUUCGACCCUGUGUUGAGGAAGCUAGAUAACGAGUUGCUCGGGAUCAAGACGAUCUCUGACGACGAGCUGCGGGCGAUCGUGAAGUCCGCGUUGUGA